UCUAGAUCUACAUAAUCUAUGUCUAUCUGAGUCUAGAACUAGAUUCUAGAUUAAAUGCUUAUGUAACAAACACAAUUAUUCUUAAUAAAACUUAGAACUCUAGCUAGAUUUAUAAAAAUAAUGUAUGAUCAUUUAUUAUUAUGAGAUGCCAUCGAUCGAAGUCUUUAUCAAUUUGAUGUUUCUUAUUUUGGAAAGUGCAAGAUUAUUGGAAGGACAGUCUGUAACAUUGUCUUACAGUGCAACCCCCAACUCAUGCACUGAUGGCGAUCUUCUAGAGGGAGUUGAUGUCAUCACUCUCACUGGGGAAAUAAAUCUGGAAGGUCAAAAUUCAACUGAUUGGAACCUUGAUAUUCCAUUUCAGUUUAGAAAGAAUGGUGCUCUUCAGUUUCAAACUCUCUGCACAGUUCAUAUGAGCAGCUACUGCCAGACUGACGGCAGUGAGUGUUACUGUACGGCACGUUCAGGGAAUGUUUACCACUUCACAUUCACCAGGUUAGCAGCUCUGUGGCUGAGUAACUCCACAGCAAUGACUGAGCUGGCAAAGUUGAACACAACUGAUGUAAUAAGGGCUUACACUGAUGUCCCUGUUAUUCAUGGGAAAGAAGUUGUUCGUCUCUCCAAGGAUGGUAAAUCAUUCCACUUAUACAAAUCAUCUAUUGAGCUGGACCAGAACAAGGUCCACACGUUUGAGUUCUGUGUGGCUAAUUUAAAAAACCCUGUACUAAAGAUGCAAUUUGGUUCUGAAAUUAUACCAAGCCAGCAUUCCCAGUGCAUAUUACAUCGCAUAGAAGCUAAUGCUGUAUGGUCUAAUAAGACUUGCAUAAUCAGCUACACUGAUGAUUGUCAUAGAAGUAGAUUUUUUGCUUAUCGGAUUGUCAGGUCCAUUCAAGCACCAUUAGCAGCAAGAAUCACUUCUUCUGAUGAUCCAGUAAAGCCUCCCAAAAAUUUAAUGCUUCUGGCUAUGGGGUUAGGGUUAGGUUUUACCAUAGUGAUUUUUAUUGGCAGUGUAAUGAUAAUGAAAAAAAAAGAUCUGUUGACUGACUGCAGCAAGAUAGAUGAUGAUGAUGAUGAUGGUAAACAAUAGAAUGAAUUCACCAACUAACUGGUAGAUGUUUUUAGUGAAUAAUAGCCACACUGACAACCCAAAUUUGCUGAAAUCCAUACUGACUACCCAAAUGUGUUAUUAGAGCUAUUGCCACACUGACAACCUAAAUGUGCUGAUAGAGCUGUUGCCACACUGACAACCCAAAUGUACUAAUAGAGCUAUUGAUACACUGACAUCUGUAAAUGUGCUUCUAAUUCCUUUGUACUACAUCUUCAAGCCACUGACAACCCAAAUGUGCUGAAAUCCAUACUGACUACCCUAAUGUGUUAAUAGAGAUAUUGCCACACUGACAACCCAAAUAUGUUAAUAGAGCUAUUCCCACACUGACAACCCUAAUGUGCUGACAGAGCUGUUGCCACACUGACAACCCAAAUGUGUUUAUAGAGCUAUUGCCACACUGAAAUCUCU